AUGAAUGUUGUCGACCCGAUGACAAAGGCAACCGGCAACAGUUGCAGUAGCCCCACAAAUACGCCGGAGAAUUCUGUAAAAGGUGAAAAGAAAAAGAAGUCUAUUAUUCCAAAGAUUUUUGGUUCAAAGCAAAAUAGUAGAGAGAAUUCAGAGGAGGAUAUUGCUCAAUCAGAUGGAAAUGAACACGAUAUGGAUCCAAAGCCUACAUCGAGAAGGCAAGCAUUCCUCGAGGCCUCACCCUCGACAACGAAAAGUUUCCGAGACCGACAUAGUAGCGCCGGAAUUGAAGGCCUAAAUCUGUCAAAUUUUGAUCAGCCGAUGUCACCAGCAACAAUAGUUCAAGAUAUUCGGGUUUUUGUGGCAACAUGGAAUGUUGGAGGGAAGAGUCCUGACCAUGGACUCAACCUUCAGGAUUUCUUGCAGGUGGAGGGCUCUUCAGACAUAUAUGUAUUGGGGUUCCAAGAGAUUGUUCCCUUAAGUGCUGGAAAUGUAUUAGUAUCAGAGGACAAUGAACCAGCAGCAAAAUGGCUAACCCUAGUAAGCCAUGCACUCAACAAACCCUACCAUGAUUCAAUGAAUUCUUCUGAUUCAAGCCCAAAUUCAAAACACUCAAAAUCAAACGACAUUUUUCACAAGCAAUCUUUAAAAGCACUCAGCAAGAAACUUAGGGCAGACAAUCAUCUGCUUAAAGCCUGCAACUGUUCUUGGGACAAUCCAAUGUCAAAUAAAAGGAGGGCAAGAAAAUUUAGUGACCCUUGUGCUUCACCUUUUGCUCAUGGUGAUCCAAGUAUAGAUGAAUUCCUUUCAAUAGCAGAAAUUUCAUUGCCUAAACGUUUGAAUUAUCAUCUUAUUGCAAGCAAGCAAAUGGUCGGAAUUUUUGUUUCCAUAUGGGCUCGAAACGAUUUAGUCAAAGACAUUGGCCAUCUCAGAAUUUCCUCUAUGGGAAGAGGAAUCUUGGGCUAUCUUGGCAACAAGGGUUGUAUAUCAAUAAGCAUGACUUUGCACCGAACGAGCUUUUGCUUCGUGUGUAGUCACUUGGCUUCCGGGGAAAAGGAAGGAGAUGAGCUGAGAAGAAACGCCGAUGUAGCUGAAAUUCUCAAGGGUACGCAAUUCUCCAAAAUUUGCAAGAACCCCAAUCGUGAAAUGCCCGAAAGAAUUAUUGAUCAUGACCGCAUGAUAUGGCUGGGGGACUUGAAUUAUAGAGUGGCUUGCAGCUAUGAAGAGACGAGGCUUCUAUUAGAGGAUAAUGAUUGGGACUCUCUUCUAGAGAGAGAUCAGCUAAAUAUGGAGAGAGAAUCAGGAAGAGUGUUCAGUGGGUGGAAUGAGGGAAAAAUAUUAUUUGCACCCACUUACAAAUAUUCACAAAAUUCAGACUCCUAUGCUGGAGAGACUGUCAAGUCCAAGAAGAAACGAAGAACCCCUGCAUGGUGUGAUAGAAUAUUAUGGAGAGGCAAUGGCAUUGAACAGUUAUCGUAUAUUCGAGGAGAGUCGAGGUUUUCCGAUCAUAGACCCGUAUGCGCAGUCUUCGCGGUGGAGGUGGAGAUGAAGAACAAAAAUGCUUCAAAAUUUAGGAAGGGGUUUUCAUGCACAGGCACGAGAAUGGAAUAUGAAGAGUGUAUUCCUCAAAGGCAUAGCUUUUAUGAGUUUUAG